AUGCUACAAGGACCUAUUCCAAGUUUUGUCUUUGAUCAAGUUAAACUUACCACCCUUUUGUUGUCGUCAAAUAACUUGACUGGUGUGGUUUGGACUGACAACUUCUUGAAGCUAAAAAAUCUUGAAAAGCUUGACCUCUCAUCUAAUAGUCUUUCACUUUUGAACACCAAAGCAAACCACAAAAACACAUUGUUGCCCAAACUGCAAGAGGUACACUUGCGUUCUUGCGGCAAAGUUGAAUUUCCCAAUUUCAUACGAGCCUCAAGAUACUUGCAAGAGUUAGACCUUUCCAACAAUAGCAUACAAGGGCAUGUUCCUGACUGGAUGUGGGAUGUGGGGAGGGAAACAUUGGUUGGCUUAGAUCUUUCGUACAACUAUUUGACUGGCCGCAUAGAAAGAAUUCCAUGGAAGAAUCUAUACUUUCUUGACCUUCACUCCAACUUGCUUCAAGGACAGCUACCAAUUACACCAUUUGAAUUGGCAUUCUUCCGAAUCUCUGCCAAUAAUUUGACUGGAGAGAUUCCUACUUCAUUUUACAAUUUGAAACGUAUCUACUUCCUUGUUAUUUCAAAAAAUGCCUUGUCCGGUAUUAUUCCCGAGUGCAUUAGAAACUUAACCUACGGUCUUCAACUUUUACAUCUACAAAAGAAUUCAUUUCAUGGAAAGAUUCCAAGCAUGUCGAGUGAAUACUGUGACUUGAGGACUCUCAACUUCAAUGGCAAUCAACUGGAAGGGCCUUUACCAAGAUCAAUUGCAAAUUGCACAAGUUUGGAAGUUUUGAAUCUUGGGAACAACGUGAUAAAUGAUACAUUCCCUCACUGGUUGCAUAUUCUCCCAGAAUUACAACUUCUUGUUUUAAAAUCCAAUCAUUUUCGUGGUCCGAUUCUUGACUACAAGGCCCAUCAUUCGUUUCCAAACUUAAGAGUAUUUGAUAUAUCCAACAAUAAUUUUGUGGGUCCUUUGCCAAUGAAAUAUAUCAAGAAUAUGAAGGCCAUGAUGCACGUCGAAAAUUAUUCUGAUGAAGUGAAAUACAUUGGAGAACCAUAUAUUUUUACUGAAGAUCCUGUGAUUCUGAUGAUCAAAGGAUUGGAGUAUGAGUUGUUGAAAAUAAUAACAAACUUCAAGGUCAUCGAUUUGUCUAAUAACAAAUUUGAAGGAGAAGUUCCGGAAGUAAUUGAGAAUCUUUCUUUCCUCAAAGGGCUCAACUUUUCACACAACCUACUCAGUGGUCACAUUCCAUCGUCAAUGGGAAAUUUGAGAGAGCUUGAGUGUAAUGGUGCUUCACUACAAUCACAACCAUUGCUUCGCGAAGAGGAUGAUUAUGAAAGUGGGUUUGAUUGGAAUAUCAUAAUGAUGGGUUAUAGUUCUGGACUGGUUAUGGGAUUGUCUCUAGGAUAUAUCGUGUUCAUAACAGGAAAACCAUAA